UAUAAGUAAAAGCUAUGUAAUGGUCUUGAUUAAAUUUUUUAAAGUUCAUUCUUUCGUAUAAAUCUUUUAUAUAAAAGAACAAGAGGUGAAAAGUUUUAACGUGUGUAAUUGCAACGUGAAAUAAUUUAAAAUAUGAAAUACUUUCGUCAAAUAUUAGAUUUAUCGUAAAUAUACCUACAUUUUUCGAUAAUGUAUAAUAGUAACAUGGUACUAUUUUCGCUAUAUUAAAUUAAGCUUCUGCAAGAGUGUGCAAGUAUUUAAGGAAGAGUAUUAAAGGGGAAAGGAAUAGGGGAGUAAAGAAUACCUAGGCCUAGAAGGAAUAUAUCGAAUUUAUUAUAACAGCAAAGUUUCGAAUAAAGUAAUUCUUUGAUACUUUUUAAUAUUACUAAUUUUGUAUAUGUUAGAAAAUGUUCGAAAAUCAUGAUACAAGUACUGAUUUUCAAAUUACAUUUUGGCUAUAGUACUCUCAGCUAUUACUGAAAUGAAAGCCGACACGUUGUUACAGAUACCAGAUACGAGCUUUGCAAGUUAUAGGUAGAAAGACGGUAGGAAGAGAAUACAGAUGGUAACGCGGACGCCUGCGCGAGAAAACGGCGGCUUGUCUAGUUAGGUUUUGCCAACAAUUUUCCAUUUUCAGUUAUCGGUGGAAAAGGCUAGCCGUCACUUCGAAAGCGUUUCAUCGUUGAAAAUUAUAACACGUUGUUAAAUGUUGUGGUGUUCGCUUUAUAUUAUCUAGAAACAAACCGUAAUAUAAGAAAUACUGAAACGUCUUUCAUCUUUAUAAUAAAAAGAGAAGAAAAAAGCAAAAUUAUAAGUACUUGUCAAAGAAAGGUAUGAAAGAAAGAAAAUAAUCGACAUUCAUAAAAAUUGUGUGUAAAGUGAUUUCGAAAGAUUACUAUCUACAUGCUUUUUAUUUGACUUUUUAUUCGGUGGCGGUGAAUACCUACCAUUUCCAACGUAAAAUAUUUUUAAUUUACAUAUUUUGAUUACUUUAUGUAAUAAGUACGUGAUACUGUUGUAAAUGUGAAGCAUCAAUUACGAUUGAUUUUCUAAAUAAUUUUCCACGAUCGGCCUGAAAAAUUAAUUUUUAAUUUAAUUUCAAUUACUUUAUAAUUAAUCUUUUGUUCUCUCGUGUCUAAUAACUGUUCGCUUUGUUUCCAUUUUAUAUACGUAUUUUUUUGCGUAAAAAAACAUGUACGUAUACAUAAAGAUUAACGGUUGAAAUUAUCAACAGGUGGUUGGAGAAAGUAAUAAAUUUUGACUUUGAUUUCAACCAAUAUACAUUUCCUAAUAGCAAAAUAUUCUUUAAACAAUUCUUCCGAUACUGCUUCUAAUUAAAAUACUUUGAACAGAUUGCGACAAUUAAAAGCAAGUGAUUUAACACGUAUAACACGAAGUAUUACUCAAAGUUUGACUCAUUGUCAGAGAAAGAUUGUGUGCGUGAUAGCAAACAAAAUGUAUGUAUGUAUAUGUAAAUAAGUAACUAUGUCAACAAUAAGAAUGGCAAUGAGUUGAAAAACUUUUCAAUUCUUUCUUUUCUAAUCGAACAUAUUUUUUAUUUCGACUGAACGUUUUGAGUGUAAAAAAUUUUAUAUAACUGGCAUCGGUCGAAGGACGAUUCGUGAUCACGCAAUAUCGUUCUAUUUUUGGGGAAUGUUUUAAACUCGGUAACCUCGAGAAACACCAGAUUUUAUCACCUUUGGGAUCGGUUAUACGAUUUGACUAAAGUGAAUGGAAUAAAACGAAGAACUUUUUCAAAUGAAGAACAAUCCAGAUGUAUCAACAUCAUAUAUAUUAGUUUCAGUAAUAUGUGUUAUUGUGUCGACGAUAUUUUCAUUCGGUCAGUAACGCAUAUGAAUAUCUACGAGCAAUCAAAGUAAAACAAAUUCGAUCAUCUUUGACAAAUUGAUUAAUUAUUUCUCAUUGGCUGUUAAUAAUUGGCUUAGUUCGUAAUUAUUCAAAUAUAAUUAUUUAAUUAUAAUCAAGACGAUAUUACUGUAAAUUGUAAACGAUGGAAUAGUCGGCAUAUGUUUUCAGUUGCGGCUCCAUCUUAUUCUGUCUUAUUCUAAUCGUACUGAAAAAGCUCUCAAGGAAAAAGAUUCGAAACGAAGAGAAACAGAAGAAGAAGAAGAAAAGAAGAAAAUUUUGGGAAAAAAAGAAGACAGAAAUCAGGUUGGAAUAAAAAAAAGACAAAGAACAAGAUAGGGAAAGUGGAACAAUAAUUGCUCGGUCCCCGGAAACAGAUCGAUUAAGAAAUGAAUGAUUCGCCGAUUUUAUCAAACGGGACCGCCGUAGAAGGAUGGUCGACUACUAACCGUCCGACUAUAGAGAACGAUGUAACCUCGAAUAGUUUAGUGCAAUUAAUCUUUUACAUAUUUUAUGCAAAUAUUUUUGCGUUUGGUGUGUUUGGUAAUGUGCUCGUAUGUUUCGUCGUGGCACGAAAUCGACAAAUGCAGACAGUUACGAAUCUGUUUAUCACGAAUCUAGCAUUGAGCGAUGUACUACUUUGUGCUCUGGCGGUUCCGUUUACUCCUUUAUAUACAUUUCUCGGGGGAUGGAUAUUUGGCAGAACCCUGUGCCACUUGGUACCGUACGCUCAAGGUGUCAGCGUAUACAUCAGCACAUUCACUUUGACGAGUAUCGCGAUCGAUAGAUUCAUGGUGAUCAUAUAUCCUUUCCAUCCUCGUAUGAAGAUCGAAGUUUGUUUAGCCGUGAUAGUCGGUAUUUGGAUAAUCGCAUUGCUGUUCACUCUACCUUACGGGCUUUACAUGCAUCUCGAGGAGCCGUACACUUAUUGCGAAGAACACUGGCCGAACGAACGAUUUCGAAAAAUCUUUAGUUCCAUUACCUCGAUACUACAAUUUGUCAUACCCUUCUUCAUCAUCGCUUUUUGUUAUAUUUGCGUUUCGAUCAAGUUGAACGAUCGAGCUAGAACGAAACCUGGUACAAAGACUAGUCAAAGAGAAGAGGUUGACAGAGAGAGAAAGAAACGAACGAAUCGGAUGUUGAUCGCUAUGGUCGCCGUAUUCGGCAUAUCUUGGCUACCGCUCAAUAUCAUCAACGUUAUCGACGAUUUUUAUUCACCUGCCAAUGAUUGGACUUAUUACAGAAUCUGUUUUUUCAUGACGCAUUGCCUCGCUAUGAGUAGCACCUGCUACAAUCCUUUCCUUUACGCUUGGCUCAACGAUAACUUUCGCAAAGAAUUUAAGCAAGUGCUUCCAUGUUUUCCGAAAGCAAUCAACGGUUACACUCCAAGAACCACCGAAGAAUUUCAAAAUCAUAAAGAAUGUAGCGGAAAUAACACUAUCCAGGAAUCUUUAUUACUGAAUGAAACACAUAUAAGAACUUCAAAUCCCGAAGCUCGCGAACUGAUCGUCCACGAAACAACCACCAACAAUAUGUCGAGAGACUUGGAAGAAACGGAAACUUUUUGAUUCGAUCAAAUUCGAACGCGAGUCAACCAUCGUAAACAUAUUUGGUGUAUCCUUCUAUGAUGUUUACUGUCAGCAAUGUAAAGAGAAAAAACAAUAUAAAGUAUCAACGUUUCAAUAACACAAGGAGAAAGGAAACAGGAGAAAGGAAUAAAGAUUGUUCUCUUAUAUGUAUAUAUGAAAUGUUUCUCUAUUUCACAGACAUCUCUGUGUUACAGAAACAGCUGCAUUUUCUCUGGAGGCUGAAAUCUACUUGUAUCAUUCUUCAAUCAAGUACUACGUUUUGCAUUACUUGUAUAAUUGAAACAAGCAACAAUGGUGGCGGUAUAUUUACAGAAAAAAGAGUCACGCGAUUCUGCACAAUCAUAUUACGAUAGAAUUAAGAAUUGAUUCGUCAAUCUAAGUUUGUUAUAAACAACGGUGCGUAAAGUACAAAAAAAAAUUACGAAGGGAAAAAUAAAAAAAGGAACUUGCUCAA